CUCUUAAGAAAUACGAAAAUACUAAUAAAGAAAAAAAGUGUCUCUGCGCUUGGUGAGAAAAGGGGAGGGAAGGGAAGAGGGAAAAGCCAGCAUCUCCCUUCUCUCCCGAAGUUCAAGAAAAGACCUGGAAGCGGUGCGGGGGGAAAGGGGGGAGAAGCCCCCAAAAGACCCUGGUCUGGCGGCUUCCAUCCUGAUGUUGUUGUUGAUGAUGAUGAUGAUCUUCUUGUGACUUAAGGAAAGACCUUGAGUGCGCCAAGCUGCAGCAGAGAGAGAGAGUUUCGCCUCUCUUCCAUUCAUCCUCUUGAUUCUUCUUGAUCGCGAUUAUUUUUUUUCUCCGCGAAGAAGAAAACUCGAAGAAGAGGAGGAGGAGGAAGAGGAAGGAGGAGGAGGCCAAGAGGAGGACCGCAGCCCCUUCCUGCCCCCCGAUUGCCCCCCACAGCCGACCCAAGUCCAGCUCUCCGGGCGAUGACCGUGUAAAUGCCAGGGCAAUGUCCCGUCGCAAGCAGGGCAACCCGCAGCACUUAUCGCAAAGGGACAUCCUCCCGCCAGAGGCUGACCAUGUGGAAACGGCCAUCACCCUCGAGGAUGAGAGCCUAGCACUAGGAGAGCCAUUGGGGCUCAGCCUUUCAACGGGUGGAGCAGACCCCGACCUAUUAACCUGUGGACAGUGUCAGAUGAACUUCCCCCUGGGAGACAUCUUGGUUUUUAUAGAGCACAAGAAGAAACAGUGCAAUGGCGCUGGAGGUGCCUGCUAUGAAAAGAAUCUGGAUAAGAGCAGUCCUCCCCCUUCGUCACGCUCCGAGCUCAGGAAAGUGUCAGAGCCAGUGGAAAUCGGGAUCCAAGUCACACCCGAUGAAGAAGAUCGUCUUCUCACGCCCACAAAAGGAAUUUGCCCCAAGCAGGAGAACACUGCAGGGCCGUCCAGGCCUACAAAUCUGCCGGCGGCCUCCAUAACUGCCUCCUCCCACCCUCACACAUCAGUGAUCGCACCGCCACCUCUCCGUGCUCUGACCUCAAUCCCACCCUGCCUGAGCCUACUGCCUUGCUGCGGUGUGCGCGCAGACUCAGUUGGCGGGGCUCAGAGUGAGACAUCAGGCACAUUUGGAUGUCAUUGUCAGUUGUCAGGUAAAGAUGAGCCUUCAAGCUAUAUUUGCACAACAUGCAAGCACCCUUUUAAUAGCGCUUGGUUCUUGCUUCAGCAUGCCCAGAACACACAUGGAUUCCGCAUCUACCUGGAAACAAGUCCUUCAAACAGCUCCCUUACUCCACGCAUCACCAUCCCUCCUCCUCUGGGACCCGAGACUGUUGCACAGUCCCCGCUGAUGAAUUUUCUUGGCGACAACAACCCCUUUAGUCUCUUACGAAUGACAGGUCCCAUCCUGCGUGAUCAUCCUGGCUUUGGUGAAGGUCGGCUCCCCAACACACCUCCCCUCUUCAGCCCACCACCUCGUCAUCAUCUGGAUCCACAUCGCCUUAGUGCCGAAGAAAUGGGGUUAGUUGCCCAGCAUCCCAGUGCCUUUGACAGAGUCAUGCGUAUAAACCCCAUGGCAAUUGAAUCGCCAGCGAUGGAUUUUUCCAGAAGGCUUCGAGAACUGGCAGGGAACAACUCCACCCCUCCACCAGUCUCUCCUAAUCGCAACAACCCUAUGCAUCGCUUGUUGAAUCCUUUCCAGCCAAGCCCUAAAUCUCCUUUUUUGAGCACCCCGCCCUUGCCACCAAUGCCCCCGAGCAGCACUACGCCUCCUCAGCCUCAGGCUAAAAGUAAGUCCUGUGAAUUUUGUGGGAAAACAUUCAAGUUCCAGAGCAAUCUCAUUGUCCACCGGCGCAGCCACACAGGAGAGAAGCCCUAUAAAUGCCAGCUCUGUGACCAUGCUUGUUCCCAAGCCAGCAAGCUAAAACGCCAUAUGAAAACACAUAUGCACAAAGCUGGGUCCAUGACGGGAAGGUCAGAUGAUGGUCUGUCUGCUACAAGCUCCCCUGAGCCUGGCACAAGUGAACUCACUGGAGAGGGACUAAAGUCUAGUGAGGCAGACUUCAGGAAUGAGAGCGAUCCUUCUCUAGGCCAUGAUAAUGAAGAAGAGGAAGAGGAGGAGGAGGAGGAGGAGGAACUGGAAAAUGAAAGUAGACCCGAGUCGAGCUUUAGCAUGGACUCAGAACUAAGUCGUAACCGAGAGAAUGGUUCCAAGUCGUUGCCAGAUGAAAAGUCACUUGUCCUGGGAAAAGUGAUAGAGAAUGUAAGCCUCGGUACCAUCCAGCAAUACAGUGACAUGCUGGCUGAAAAGCAGAAAAGGGGUGGCUUCAUGAAGAGGUCUUCAGAUCAACGGGAUCUCUGCCCUCGAGACCUUUGUCAAAGAGACACAGGUGACGAAGACUCAGUCGCUGGAGAACUUGAUCGCACUGAAGAAGGGACCGUCAAUGGUAGAAACUUUGGUCCAGGUGAGCCCUUUCCAAGCCUGUUCCCCCGCAAGCCCACCCCCAUCACAAGCCCCAGUUUAAAUAACUCAUCAAAAAGAAUAAAGAUAGAAAAAGAUCUGGACUUGCCACCAGCAACAAUAAUACCUUCUGAAAAUGUUUACUCACAGUGGCUGGUAGGUUAUGCAGCAUCAAGGCACUUCAUGAAGGAUCCAUUUCUAGGAUUCACAGAUUCCCGACAAUCCCCCUUUGCAACUUCUUCUGAGCAUUCCUCAGAGAAUGGAAGCCUGCGUUUCUCCACUCCACCAGGUGAUAUGCUGGAUGGCGGUCUCUCAGGGCGCAGUGGGACAGCAAGUGGAGGCAGCACGCCCCAUAUCAGUGGACCUGGCCCCGGUCGACCCAGUUCAAAGGAAGGACGGCGGAGCGAUACUUGCGAGUACUGUGGCAAAGUCUUUAAGAACUGCAGUAACUUAACGGUGCAUCGCAGGAGCCACACAGGAGAGCGGCCUUACAAAUGUGAGCUCUGCAACUAUGCAUGUGCCCAGAGCAGUAAGCUGACACGUCAUAUGAAAACACAUGGCCAGAUAGGGAAGGAGGUCUACCGCUGCGACAUUUGCCAGAUGCCCUUUAGUGUUUACAGCACUCUGGAGAAACACAUGAAAAAGUGGCAUGGUGAACAUUUGCUGACAAAUGAUGUCAAAAUUGAGCAGGCAGAAAGAAGCUAAGGCCUCCGCUGGGUUAAAAUCUGGGGUCUAGGUAACAUUUAAGUUGUACAGUUUUAACUAUUGCCAACUAAGAAAAAGCUGACCUAACUUGCCUCCAUAAACAUAACUUAGCAUAACUAUGGCAGGUGCCAGAAUUUGGCACUUAAAUAUAACCUGUGUCUACAAAGCUCUAUUAAACCUGAGGAUUGGUUAAGGCAGUAAAAAUUGUGAAGCCUUUUAACUGUGCAAUAAUUUCUGUAUUUAUUCGGUUAUUUUGUAUUUUUUUUUAAUUUUUGGCAUGUGCAGGUACUUUUUUUUUUUAAAAAAAAUACUUUUUCUGUUUUAGAUUUCCUUUAAAAUUUUGUUGGAUAUCCCAUUCUAAUUUUACCCAGUAGUAACCUGAGAUUAUUUGCAUUGCAGGGGGAGAUGCAUAUCAAUUUAAAUUAUAAUUUUAGAGGGCCGCUGCUUUGUUGAAAUUUAUGCUAAGCAUGUGUAAUUUCUUGUGAAGAAGCCAACAUUUUUAGUAAUAAUUUUCUAUUUCCAAAUUCUUUUUUUUCUCUCUCUCUUUUUGCUGUCCUUUAAAAAGAAAAGAAAGAAAAUCUUUUGAAAAUUAGAAAAUAUAAAAUAGAACCGCGGAUAACAAUCUUUAAAAAAUGUAGCACUUUCUUUUUGAAUUUGGAUCUGUUAUGUAGCACUGAUGAUGUCACUAAAAUAGAGGCCUUUAUAAGAAAAGAACAUUUUCUUUACACACUUCCAGAGCAGAAGUUGUGAGCACUGAAAAGAAACGGGCAUAGGUGUUUUCUAAAGGCAGCUAUAGUCAUACAAGCGAUAGCAAGAAUUGUGCAUUAUUAGUAGGGUAUUUGUUUCAGAUGCAAACUAAUUUUCAUCAUUCUGCCAUUUUAAAUUAGUUCCUAAAAUAAAGAGAACUUGAGAACCUUGACAGUAAGCAUGUGCAAAUAUUAGGAAGCAUGACAGAAAGGAAAGCUUGCUUGUUUUUCUCAUAGGCACCAUUUAUGCUGGUGCCUUGUCCUAUUAAAUAUUAUGCACACAAAAAUUGGAGUUCUCACUUGAUGGUCUGAAAGGGGAAUCACAGCUAUAACUAAUCAUUCCUUAGGAACUGGAGUAAUGGACCAAGUCAUGUUUUAUACUGACUAAUAAGUCUGUGUAUGUGCAGCUAUAUGGAUGUACAUAGAAGAUACUGGCUAAGGCGGGUUACACACCGCCAUUAAAGUACAUG